CGCCGAUCCGGAUACAUCCAUGAUCCCCAUAGAUAAUAAAGGACAAGCCUGACUGGCAGCAGGCCUGAAGUCAACAUCUGUCAUCUGAGUCGACCUUGUCCCGCGAUGGACUUCGUCCUGAGCGGAGCGGCCGCCUGCGGAGCCUGUCUGUUUACCAACCCGCUGGAGGUCGUCAAAACACGCAUGCAGCUGCAAGGAGAGCUGAAAAGCCGCGGGACGUACCAGGUUUACUAUCGGAACGUUUUCCAUGCUUUUUACACGAUCGGGAAAGUGGACGGACUCGCCGGCUUACAGAAGGGACUUGUAGCCGGGCUGUUUUACCAGUUUUUUAUGAAUGGAGUCAGACUCGGCUCGUACGCGGUCAUUGAAUCGUCGGGUUACAUCCACACCGAUGGACGGGUCAGUGCGGUCAAAACCACGUUUGCUGGAGCCGUAGCUGGAGUGGUGGGUGCCGUGAUGGGAAGCCCCAUAUACCUGGUGAAGACUCAUCUUCAGAGUCAGUCCACCUCCUCCAUUGCUGUUGGACACCAGUAUAAACACCAGGGGAUGAUCCAUGCUCUGGCUGCCAUCCACAAAGAGCAUGGCAUUCUGGGACUGUGGAGGGGCUCCAGUGCUGCUGUACCAAGGGUCAGCGUGGGGUCAGCUGCGCAACUAUCCACCUUCUCUGCUUCCAAGGAGCUUGUGCUUGAUCUACAGGUUUUCUCAAGGGACAGCUGGCUUGUGGCCUUGAGUGCUGGCAUGAUCAGCAGUGUGGUGGUGGUGCUGGCCAUGACUCCUUUCGAUGUUGUGAGCACACGACUCUACAACCAACCUGUGGAUCCACUGGGCAAGGGUCUGCUUUACAAGGGAUUCACAGACUGCUUUUCCAAGACACUGAAGAAAGAGGGCUUGACCGGGCUCUACAAAGGCUUGGGAGCUUCAUAUUUCCGUCUGGGUCCUCACACCAUUCUGUCUUUGUUCUUCUGGGAUGAACUGCGCAAAUUGUACCAGCAGUACAGAUAGCACCGAGGACAGUUAAGUGUGAAAUUGGGUUACUCAUUAAGCUCUUGAGUGAAUAGGUUAGAUGACUCUUCAUUUAAUGAGUUCAGCACUGCAAGGUGAAAGCAAACAAGGAGACGCUCUCCUUUCCUUAUGAGAAAGAACGAAGGUGAUGAUUUAUACUCAAAUAAGAAAAAGUUGUAGUGCCAAGCUGCAACUGGCGCACACUGGUUUGAUAUAUCUUAACUGUAGUCAACACUCCAAAUCACCUCAUGCACAGGUUCUUUUAGGAAAGACAUUACGUGAAUAAGCAAACAUCAUGUCCUCCUGCAACUCUUGAACUAGUGGUUUUAUGUACUGUAACACAAAAAUUAUAUACCAUUCCAAAUAGCUUCACAACAACGCAUAAGUGUUUACUUUAUGGAGAAAGCAUCAAAUGUGGCCUAUAGCUGGGACAAGUAAAUGCUAUUUUAAACUGACAAAUACAUUUUAUUUAAACCACCAAGGUUCACUGCAUGCUUUGUCAACAGCUAUGACACAUUUUGGCAUGCCAUAAUGGUGCAAAGAGUUAGUGUGGUCUUGUGGUUAGAAAAACGGCCCAUUACAGCCAUAGUGCGUAACAUGGCGUAACAUGCAAACAUGUGUCCAAAAACAUACAUGUAAACACAAGAGCUCAGUGACAAAUCCCACAGACGAAAAACGCACACUGAACGCCAAGUAUAAGCUGCUUCGUGCAAUAGUGCUUUAGUAAACUCUUAGUAAACUCUAACACAGGUAAUAGUCUGGCCAAUUUUAAGCCAUCACUGAGCAUAUUUCAUUAGCUCUUGGAAUAGUCACUGCCUUUAAAAAUGUACUGUAGUUUGAGCCAAAGAAAUGGCUCAACAAAUAUUUUGGGAGAAAUCCCUUCCCACUGCAGAUUGUGCAAUUGCAAGUAGUCUGGAAGUAUAUAAAUGAGGGCGUGAGAUAUUUUGUCAAAUCUGCGCUACAUGCAAAACACUUGGAUGGGAUUCGGUUGUCAAAUUCCUUCAUUAAAUAAAGAGAACAGUCCAAGUUUUCUUUGGCUGUUUUACAUUGCAGUAUGGGAGAAAGCAGAUACAUAGGGUACAUUUGGUGUUAUCCUCUAUUGUUGCCUCAGUGCUCAACAUGUUUUAUACUCUUUCUGGGCAGAUACAUUUCCUUAUCUUACAGUCAUGAGCAGAACAGCUAUUCAACGUGAGGAAACAUAACUUAUCUUGUGGACAAUUGUUACUUCCUACUCUGAGCAUAGUAACCUUGGAGGUUUUGGUUUGUCUUGGGGCAUCAGGCAUAGACACAGUCUGUAUCUAUACACAGUAUAUAUAAUAAGCACAUUAGUAGAUUUUCCUUUACAGAUCCAUAUGCAAUGGGAUAUUUAAAGGUGCAAUAUGC